CCCUAUUUCGGCCUCGGGACCAGCACAAACACUCCUCUGAACGGUGCUCGCCGUCGCCUGACGCACGCACGCCAUGCAGUAGCCUUGGGCACCCCGUAGGCUCUGAAAAUGCCCCAGGACACUCCCCCGUUACGUUAUUUUCCACCGGGGAUUAGCCCCUAGGCACCAGGUUUUCUCCAACAAACAGCACCUUGGACUCCCAAUAUAGCAUCAUAGUAUGGGCAAGUUGGCGACCUCUGCAACCCAUUCUCUGCCCCUUUCGGGGAUCGCACCGUCACCCCAGGAACCCCCAACCGCCCAGGGGUUCUUGGGCAUGGCUGACUGCCAACCCAUUGCUAUCCUGCCGAGAGGCAGUUCGCUGGCACCUCUGAAACAAUUUGAGGGGCCCAGACUCGUUCAGACAGUCCUGCCUGCCCAGAUCUGGUCCGCCCUCGCCCUGCGGGAUUUGACCUUGAAAGUCGGUUUCUCGAUGUCCAACGAAGGCGGGAACCACUGUCUGUAUUCCUUCCAGGCUCCCGGUCAGAACUUGAAGCAUCAAGCAACAGCAUGCCGCACGUGCUUCGUGGUUGCCUCUGGUUGCCGUUGGCUUUCUCGUCUCAUUGAUGCCGCGGGCAUGUUGCUCGGACGAUCCUGGCGAGGAUCGUGGCAUCAUGCAACUGGUAAUCCAAAACGAAAACAUCCUCUCCAGGUCGCCGACGCGGGUGCAGAUGAAAUAAGGGCUGCAUGCUUUACCAAACACCUUCAUUUCCCCGACGUGGGCAGCUCUCGUCGCAGGGGAAAUUUCCCGAUCGAGAAAGGAAACUCUUCCCUCUUCUGUCAAGUCCAUUUCCGUCCGUUGCUGUCUCCUGCUAUUAGGGGCCGCCGACCAAUGGUCAGGGGGCACCGCCUCUCCAAGCCUUCCGGAGAAGGCCUCUUCCUUUCAUCUGUGCUUCGGCAGACGCCUCCCGAGCACCCAGGUCGUAAGACCGGAAACACGUGGCUGACCUGCUACACCGACGGUGAACAAGCAGGCCGUUUUCUAGAGCUCACCCGAGGUUCCCCUCUCCUCUCCCCCCAUCUCCCGCGUCCUACAUCAAACGGGUGUUGAUAUCAGCAGCUGUGCACCCCGGCGUGUGCUUAGUAGCGGACCUAUCACUGCCCAGGCUUCAAGGGAGAACCCGCUAGCUUGG